UAUCCUCUAAAUGAAGAUGUUGAAGAACUAGAGGCAGAAAAUAGCUCAGUAAGACAUCAGGGACUUUGAUAUAGCCGUAUAAGCUAUAUUUGAUGCUUAGAAAUGGAGGCGUUGCGCUUGCUGGAUAACUGGAUUAAGGAUUCUCAUGUCUCUGAGCGAGUAAGUGAUAACACGCUGGUCAUGGAUAGUUUGAACCAAAAUCUUACCAGUGGACACCAGUCUCAUCAAGUGCUCCAGAGCACACCACUGGAUUUGAUUGAGACUGGGAAGGCCCUGAGGGUCCAAGCGGAGCGCCCGCAUUUGGUCAGUUUAGGAAGCGGCCGUCUCAGCACAGCCAUCACCCUUUUACCCCUGCCUGAAGGCAAGACCACUCUGGGUCACGGAGCCAUGGACAUCGACAUCCAGGGCCCAGGGAUCUCGGCCCAGCACUGCUUCAUCGAAAACAGGGCAGGACUCAUCACUCUGCACCCCUGUGGAAACCAGUGUAGCAUGGACGGAUUAGCGGUCACCAAACCUGUGCGUCUGUCUCAAGGCUGUAUGCUGUGUUUCGGCCAAUCCGCCUUUUUCCGUUUCAACCACCCCGAGGAGGCUUUCCGAAUGAAAAGCAUGAUGCCCGAGGGAGGACAGACAGCCAGUGUGAAAAACUGGGCCCACACAGAUUCUGAGAACCUGGUCAAUGGGAACCACUCGUCAGGAGCACCAAAAUCUCACUUGGUCUCCAACGAGAGAGUGCGCCCUGAGCACAGUGCCAUCGUCAGUUCCAUUGAGAAGGACCUUCAGGACAUUAUGGACUCAUUAGUCAUGGAUGACCCUCAGCCCUCGUCCUCUGAGUCAAAGAAGCCCUCUGGUCAGCCCAUCUCCCAGUCUCCCUUGUCCCCCAUGUUAAAUGGAGGGGGGCGCUUCCUUCUCUCACCCCCAACGAGCCCUGGUGCUAUGUCUGUGGGCUCCAGUUAUGAGAAUACCUCUCCUCCUUUCUCUCCUCUCUCAUCCCCAUCUGCUGCUAGCAGUGGCAGCUACAACAGUCCAUCUCCGAGUGGUUGUCAGGACCAGCUUCACACGCUUCCUCCUGUGCCAGUGAGGUCUUCUAGUUACAAUUACACCAGCCAGCCACCCAUACCUCAGCCACGGACCAUACUGCCCAGCUAUUCCGGUGGCAACAGUGGGCCAAAGGUGCCUGAGAGUCCCAGACUCCAGCGAAAGGCUCUUUUAGAAGCACCGCCAAGCCCAAAGCCAAGUCGUAGGGGGUUGAACCAAGACAGCUCGGUGGCUAAAACCCCAGACAGCCCCAUACAGACUCACAUUCUGCCCUCAGUCUCAAUCUCUACUGCCCCGACUGAUCACCCAUCUGUCAGUCGUAUUCCAGUUCCAGGUAGUCCCAGGCUGACCCCCAAAUUCUCCACAGCAUCCCCAUCCUCCUCACCCUCUAGUCCUAGAACCAAAACUGCCAUUGUUCUCCAGGAUCGGCCCUCAAGUCCUUUCCGGGAGCAGCCUCAGCCAGAUCGCUCCUUGUCCUCUAGUCCCUCCAACCAACUUUCCCCACCCUCGCGAUCUUUCCAGCCCCCCUUAGACCCCAUUGUCCACAUCAUUCAAGGUGGACCUCCACACCCGCAUCCUCGCACGUUGCAGCCUCCAGAAAGUCCGCGGCUGGCCCGCAGGAACCUUGAAGGGAGCAGCAUGAGGGAGCUUCCUCCUCUUAGCCCCUCUAUAGCUCGCAGGGGGGUUCCUGUGCUCCCCGGAGCUUUACCAGGAACCCUGCGGACUCCAGAGAGUCCAUCAUCAAGAAUGGUACCAGAGAGUCCCAGACUCAGGCGGAAAGCAGGGUCUCCUACGGAGGAACCAUUCAGCCCUCGUGGGGUGCGUGCUCGUAGUCCUUCACCCACCUCCGGACUGAUGGGAGAAGGCAGUGGACGGAAGGGCAGUUUUGGGAACUCGCUCUCUUCUGCUUUUAGCCUGGGUUCUCUGCCUGGGUCGUCACCCCGAUCCAGUCCCAGGAGUCACAGAAAAAUGUCAGCGGGCCACAGGGACCUUCGGAUGCCUCACCCUGGCAUGAGGGAGCGCAAAAAUAGCAUCACAGAGAUCAGCGACAACGAGGAUGACCUUCUGGAGUACCACCGGCGCCAAAGAGAAGAACGACUCAGAGAGCAAGAAAUGGAGAGGCUGGAACGGCAGCGGCUGGAAACAAUCUUAAACCUCUGUGCCGAGUACAACAAGGGCGACGGGCCGGCGGGAGAUCUGGGCAGGAUGGGCGUGUCUGGGCUCGGCUCGAGGGACGGGCUCAACGUCAGACGUCCUUCCUUGGACAGUGUGAGCAGCGCUUCUCUAAGAGUGGCGCAGAGACAUCGUGAAAGCCAGGAGGAGAACCUGAAGGAGGACAGCAGUAGCACUCAAAGUGCGCAGCAAGACGGACGGACCCCAACAGCUCUGCUAAACGGACAAAAUGGACAGGCAGAGGACUCUCUGGGAUCGGGCAGCAUUGGCCGUCUGGAACUGGGAUACCUGGAGGAGGAGCGGGUUCGAGUGCUGGCAAAGGUAGAUGAGCUCAAAGCUCGAAUCACAGAACUGGAGCAACAACUUCAGGAGUCCAAACAGGAGGCGGAGAUGGAAAGAGCUCUGCUGCAGGGAGAGAGACAGGCCGAGCUGGAGCAAAUCGAGGCCGAGACAGAGAUUAUCAACCAGCUGCAGCGCAAACUCAGCGAACUGGAGAGCACCAUCCAGAGAGAGAAGGACAAGGCAUGCCAUUCUGUCGGAUGGCCACUCAAGGCCCAUUCUGGUCUCGAUUGCCAUCCCCAGGAGAGGGCUAAUGUUGACGCCGAGCGGGAAGCCCUGGAGAGGCUUCAGGAUGGGUACAAUGAGUUGAUGAGCCAGCUCCAUAACUGCCCUGAAUCUUUGAGGGAGCAGUUACAGGAACAACUCAAGAGGGAAGCUGAAACCCUUGAGGCUGCGACUAAGCAGUUUGAGGACCUGGAGUUCCAGCAGUUAGAGAAGGAGAGCAGUCUGGAGGAGGAGCGUGAGACCAUCAGCCAGCAGCUGCUGCAGGACAGAGCUCAGUACCACAGCAGCGUCACCAAAAGAAAAGAAAAAGUUGCAGCAUUGGAAAGCCAAGCCAAUCAGCUGGGGAUACAGGCCACUCAGGAGUGUGAGAGACUGGCCAAGGACAGAAGUAUGACAUUUCAGCUGCUACAGAAGGAAAAGGAAAGGCUGGUAAAUCUGGAGAGGAGAUACCAGAGCUUGACGGGUGGAAAAAUGUUCCCUAAAGGCUCCAACGCUAUAAAGGAGGAUGUGCUUCACAUCAGCGAAGCUGACCUCUUAGACGAUGACCAUCCCUACUUCUCCCCUUUUCAUGCUUCCUCAUUCCACUCAUAUCCCAUGGUGCCACAGGAGGAGUACUUGAAGCUGUCGGAGGUUUAUAAGAUGUAUGGGAGUGAUUGCCAUGACAUCCAGCUCGCCAACGCUUCCUCACACGGCCUCUCGCUUACCCUUGACCCAGCUGUAACUGCCCCUCGUGAGGAGUAUGUGACCGUCGGCCAAUUAAACCAGCUCUAUGGGAUGCCGAAGGUGGAGUCUUCCCCUACCUCACCCAUCCAAUUACUUCAGUCGUCUCUCGCAGACUCCGCCUUCUCCUGCCUCCCCUCCCCUCACGGCUCCUCCCUCUCUCUCUCCUUCGAGCGUCAGUCGGACUGGGGCAGGCCUCAGAUGCCCGCUUUAGAUUUAGAGCGCUGGUACCAGGAGGUAAUGGCAGCUGGAGAUGCAAACCAUCUCUGCCCUCCUCCUCCCCUCCCGGCUAAAGCUUUCUCCUCACGUAAGCCUGUGCAGGUGUACCGUUCUCGACUGGACAGUGAUACCAGCCAAUCGUCAAUUUCGAGACCGAAAAUCAGUGCCGGUCUGUCCCCCACAUACACUACAGCUACACUGGGACGCAACACUCCUGCCAGGAGUCCUCUGAUGGUAGCCAACAGCACAGGGAGUCUCCCACGUAACCUGGCAGCCACGCUGCAGGACAUCGAGACCAAGAGACAGCUGGCUCUUCAGCAGAAAGAAUUCAUGUCCUCCGUCUUUGAGUCGUCUUCCAGUACGGACGGUCCCACAGGCCAGCAAGUGAUCGAGGAGCAGCGGAGGCGUCUGGCCGAGCUGAAGCAGAAAGCUGCAGUAGAGGCUCAGUGCCAGUGGGAGGCGCUCCAUGGCUCUCAAACGCAGCUCAACAGUCACUUUUCCUCAACCUCGGGGCCAGUCGUGCACCACUCCAUCCUGCACCACACAGCGCCCUCUUCUGGGGAACAGCCUUACGACACGCUCAGCCUGGAGAGCUCGGACAGCAUGGACACAAGCAUCUCCACUGGAAACAACUCGGCCUGCUCUCCUGACAACAUGUCCAGCGCUAGUGGUAUGGACGCGCUGAAGAUCGAGGAGAUGGAGAAGAUGUUGAAAGAGGCGCAGCUUGAGAAAGCUCGACUCAUAGAGUCCAGAGAACGAGAGACUCAGGCCCGUAAACUCAUGCUAGAGGAGGAGAGGAGGAGAAGAGAGGAGGCGGAGAAGAGACUGCAGGAGGAGACGGUACACAGACAGCAGCUGAUAGAGAAGGAGGUGAAGAUGAGGGCCAAAAACUUCUCUCAGGCCCGCCCGAUGACCCGGUACCUGCCCAUUCGCAAAGAGGAGUUUGACCUCCGCUCCCACAUCGAGUCCUCGGGUCACAGCGUGGACACGUGCUACCAUGUGAUUCUCACCGAAAAGAUGUGCAAGGGCUAUCUUGUCAAGAUGGGAGGCAAGAUCAAAUCCUGGAGGAAGCGCUGGUUCGUCUUUGAUCGCCUUAAAAGGACGUUUUCCUACUACGCCGAUAAACACGAGAGCAAAUUGAAGGGCGUCAUCUACUUCCAGGCUAUCGAGGAGGUUUACUAUGAUCACCUGCGCAGUGCCACAAAGAAAGGAUUUUUCAAUCUGAAUUUGAUGAACAGCCCCAACCCUUCCCUGACCUUCUGCGUGAAGACGCACGACAGACUGUAUUACAUGGUGGCCCCGUCCGCAGAGGCCAUGAGGAUAUGGAUGGAUGUGAUAGUGACAGGAGCCGAGGGCUACACGCAGUUCAUGAACUGAGACAAAACCCACCGCUGCUCGCUGACCUACGCGUCAAAACGGAAACCGUUCGGCAGGGAGACUUCAAAUGACCCAGACCUGUUAUUCCCAACGAGAGGAAAAACUUUAUUUUGUUACUUCCCUUUUUUUUUUUUUUCCUGUUUCUCCUUCUUCUCAUGUUUCCUGGAGAUGUUAUAUAUUCACUCAGAUGCACAGACAGAUAUCCACCAGAGGCUUUCCAUGUCUGCCUGGAUUGAAAAAGGGAGAAGACGAAAAGACCCGGUGAACCAAACCUGCAGGUGGUGGCUCGCUCACCAUCGACGAAAAUGCCUUUUUGCCGUCAGAGAUAUUUUUCCGUUGCAGUUUACCUUGUCUGGAUGUGCAGAAACUUGACUUUGAUUUGAGUUUGUCCCGCGUUUUGUCUUUUCAAACAUAAUGGGAAAAAUGCCAAAUGCCAUCAAGCCAUUCUGGAACAGUGUUGCGGUAAAUAUUUAAUGGGAUUGACCGACACGAAAUGAUGAGAGAAUAUAAAGUAACUGCAGUACGUUUAAAUGACGGUAUAAAUUAAAUGGAGUAUAACAUUCACAUUUAAAUAUCCGGUAUCACAGAAACAAAGACUUAAUUCACCAAAGCUCACCUACCAGCUCAGGAGUCUAUAUUUAUUGUAGAGAGACGUCUGCGACUCCUGUCCAAGUGUAUCCCACUGUGUCUCUGUGUUCCUAGCUCAUUCUUUUAAAUACAGAACCACACAAUCGCAUGCACACACGAACACACAUAUACCACGUACGACAGUAGAGUCUAUUUGCCAAGUCCUGACAACUUGAUCUCGUGAUUUGACUCCCAAGGGAGGCAGCCAUCACCUAUCACUGCCAGCCUACGAGAGUUUGGAAUAAUUGCCACAAACAGGAGAAAAAGAAACGACGUCAUAAUCAUGCAAGUCAUGCAGUGCCUUGAUAUUGACCCACAUUUGUCACUCUUAGUAUCUGAACUGUUACACUAGUGAAGAACAGCUGGAAUCACAGUCGCAAGGUGCGGUCACAUUAGCAAAAUUUGGAGGGUAGUGAAGUCCUUUUAGCAAUUUUGCCGAGAUGUAAAAAGUUAAGCUCACACAGAGGUCAAGACAAACUUGUUGGUUGGUUGGUUUUGAGAUCAUGCAGAUUGUCAGAUUGCAUGAAAAUCGCCUUCGAAAGUUUCACCGAACGACAAUAAAUGUGCGACAAUUUUGUUAAAAUGUCAAUGGCUUACUGUCGGUAGUGUGGCGGGACGUGAACUUCAGAUUGAAGUCACGUUCAAAACAAGCAGGUUUUCUGGUUUCGGUUGGUUAACGCAGAGAGUUCGCGUGACAGGUUUGAAAAUUGAUUUGGGAAAUCUUUCGUCGUGUGAAAUUACGUGGAUGCCUAUUGAAAUUCGCCUGAAUUUUGUCUGCGAAAAUCCACAGAACAACAGUACAUUUGUACAAUCUAUAUAAGCAAAAUUAAUUGUCCACUGUCAGUAGCGUACCGUUGCGUUACGUACUACGUAAAUAUUAGAAAAAUGCAUACAAUAUUCAGUAGGGUGGCGUACAUAAAGUACAGCAUAAACAGAAGCCACUUUCGAACGGCUUCAUGAAUUCACAAGACCGUCUGAAUGUUUGGCGAAAUUUUCAUCUUUAGUUGUUGCUCAAAAUACGCAAGCUAAAAAAAAUGCUAAACGUCAGUAAAUUAGCAAAAAAAAAAUCUGCAUCAUUUCUCAAGCCAAAAGAGGCAACUUUCUGUGGGCUGAACUCACGUGACCAGCUGACGAUAAGGCAACGAUAAAAGUGACCGCACCUUUAUUCCAUGUGAUACAUAGUGGGUUUUACCGUUUUAAAGAGAUUGUGAACAGACAUGUACUGUAAUUAAAAAAAUAAAAAAUAAGAUGACCUAUUUAAAUCAGUCCGAUACUGCUCCAAUACAAUUUAGGGAUCUAUUUAAAUGGUUUAAGUAGCUCUUUAAGUAUUAUUGAUGUUUUACAGGCAGGCUGUUAACUAGUCUGUCCCACCUUGUGUUAGUUUGGGGAAAAUUAAAUGUUUAUUUAUGGUUAGCAAUGUUACAGCUACGACACUGUUUAAACAAAAAGACCAACGUGUUCUGCUUUUCUCCCGAAACCAAACUGUGCGUUGAAAUGAACUUGAAAUCUACAAAGAAUUGAAAUCAUCACAGAUAAGUCUUCAUUCUGAGUGUACGAUGUCUUGAGUGCUAUCACAGAACUAGGUGAAAACAGUGUUGUAAAAUGUUGAACAUGAAUACAUUCACAGUUUUCCUUA